AUGACGGAAAUCGUUUGGAGUCCUAAGAGGUUUCUCUUCCCUUUUCCACAGAGUCCAAGCUUUCUCUUUGAAGCUCUCUUUCCUGCAUAUAACACAGUAACUGAAGAGCUGGAUCCCUUGUUCAACCUCCAUGAGACCAUUGCUAAGCUAACGGGAGAGGUGACUUUGCAAAUUGCCAGUGAACCGGUUCUGCCCUUUAAUGCCCUGGACAUCGCAUUAGAAGUUCAGAACAGCCUUAAAGGUGACCAACUAGACACCCGUCAGUUGCUGGCAAUGGCUUCAAGACUGAGGGACAGUGCAGAAUUGUUCCAGUCAGAUGAGAUGCGUCCAGCUAAUGACCCGAAGGAGAGAGCUCCUAUCCGAGUGAGAAUGCUUAAUGAUGUUCUCCAAGGUCUGGAGAAAAACUUCUUAGUUCAACAAGCUCCUCCAGGGUUUUACAGAAACAUUCUUUACAGGCUGGAUGAAAAGAUGAGCCAAUUUUCAGUACUACUAGAGGCACUGGAGCACUGCAAGCUACAUCAGUCAAAUGAGACCCUUCAAGCAGCCUUGUCAAAGGUGCUGAACAGCAUCAAUUCAGCUCAGGUUUACUUCAAAGCAGGACUUGAUGUGUUUGAGACUGCCUUUGCUGGAAAGAAAUGACAAAACUCUCAGCAUUCUAAGAAGUUUGUUUACAAUUCACUAAGCAAAAGUUCGAGUUGGACCAGAAUUUCUUUGAGAUUGAAAGUUUUUUCAACUGUUUUUUUUUUUCAAUCGGUGUUUAAAGGUACUACAGUGUGUGUUCUAAUAACUAUAAAACAGUCUUUUGCACUGUUCACGGUAAAUCCCAGAUGUCUCUUUGAGAAUGUAUAAAAACAUAUUCAGGGGGGAAUAACACUCAAGAUUUGAUUUUUAGAAGGAAAUCUGCUGUAUUUUUAUAUGUAAAAUAUAUUUUUAUGACUAAGGGCUCAAUCUUGCAAAGUGCUGAACACUUGCUGCAAAAUGCUAAGGGCCUGCUUUUCAGAGGUGAGGAACACCCACGGUUGUAAGUAUCUCGGGGCUGUGAAUGCUCAGCACCUCAACAAAUCAUGACUGCAGUACCCUAAAAUUCAUUGGUUCACCCUUAAGUCCUCCAAUACCCAGAUUUGCUACACCUCCACAACAAACUCAUCUUUGUUCUUUCCCCUUUAUGUCUGGGGAGAGGAAGUUGAAGGAUGUGGGUUUGUUCUAUUGGUGUUCAGGGCAUGCAGGACUAAGGAGGAGGCACUCGAUAUCUUGCAGGUAGAGUCCAACAUUCUGAGACCAUCCUUACUCCUGUGGGUGAUGCAUAUAGUAUGAACGUUGCUUAGGUUCUGGGAGAGUUAAGAACCUUUGAUUAUCCUGUUUCUGCACCAGAAAAGGAGAAUUUUAAUUUCAGUGAAAAGCGUUUGGGGUUUUUGUUUUUAACAGUUCAGAGGAUUCAGAAAGAUUUGAAUUAGUCGACGGAGUUGACCAAAAACAUUUUGAAUGUUUAUAUUUAUGAAAUGAAGUGCCUAAUCUUAUGGAACUAGUAGUACUACCCUGGUUAACAAAACUGUCAACCUUUAUACUGGCAUCCACUGUACGGGCUCCCUUCACUCCCAGAAUUU